AGCUUCAGACUCUGAGACAUCGACACAGGAGAGACGCUGCUCUGCUCUGCACAUGUUUAUACAUCUGUUUAUUCAUCCAUUCAUCUGUUCAUCCACAGUCUGUGGAGAGAUCAUGUCUGUCUGUAGGAUCUUUACUCAGCUCAUCACAGCUGUGUUGCUGAUGUCAUCGUGGUGCGUUCAGGGUCUGCGUGUCAGCGUGUUUCCCAGACACCCUUUGUUCAGACUGGGGGAGCGUCAGCAGCUGGUCUGCUCUGUCCAGGACUGUCCUGUUGUCCCAAGCCUCUCCUGGUCCCCGCUGGGGGACCGGCCACUGACAGCCUCCGUCAGCACCAAUGGGUCCAGGUCUGUGGUGACCUUUGACCCUGUGAUGAUGGAGCAUGAAGGAACUCUGCUCUGCAGGGUUAGCUGUGGAGGAGACAAGAGGGAGGGCAAAACCCCUGUGCACGUGUACUCCUUCCCAUCAGCCCCUGUGAUCCAAGGCCAGGACCAGCUGAAACUGGGGGCGGAGUCCAUCCUGACCUGUCAUGUGUCUGAUCUUUACCCUGCCGAGCAGCUGACCCUCACCUGGUUCAUGGGGGGCUCAUUCCUGCAGAGCACUGUUGGAGAUCCUGGAUCCAGCUCUGUCCGGUCUGAGUACAAGUUCACUCCCCAGAACCAGGACUCAGGAUCCAACAUCAGCUGCAGGGCCAUGCUGGACCUGCCAGACCUGCCAGCUGGAAUCAGGACCAGAGAGACCACCGUUCCCCUAAACAUCCUCUCUGUGUUGCUGAUGUCAUCGUGGUGCGUUCAGGGUCUGCGUGUCAGCGUGUUUCCCAGACACCCUUUGUUCAGACUGGGGGAGCGUCAGCAGCUGGUCUGCUCUGUCCAGGACUGUCCUGUUGUCCCAAGCCUCUCCUGGUCCCCGCUGGGGGACCGGCCACUGACAGCCUCCGUCAGCACCAAUGGGUCCAGGUCUGUGGUGACCUUUGACCCUGUGAUGAUGGAGCAUGAAGGAACUCUGCUCUGCAGGGUUAGCUGUGGAGGAGACAAGAGGGAGGGCAAAACCCCUGUGCACGUGUACUCCUUCCCAUCAGCCCCUGUGAUCCAAGGCCAGGACCAGCUGAAACUGGGGGCGGAGUCCAUCCUGACCUGUCAUGUGUCUGAUCUUUACCCUGCCGAGCAGCUGACCCUCACCUGGUUCAUGGGGGGCUCAUUCCUGCAGAGCACUGUUGGAGAUCCUGGAUCCAGCUCUGUCCGGUCUGAGUACAAGUUCACUCCCCAGAACCAGGACUCAGGAUCCAACAUCAGCUGCAGGGCCAUGCUGGACCUGCCAGACCUGCCAGCUGGAAUCAGGACCAGAGAGACCACCGUUCCCCUAAACAUCCUCUAUGCUCCUGUGGUGACAUGGAUCUCAAACUCGGUGUUGGUGAUGGCUGACUCUCCGCUCACCCUCUCUUGUUCGGUGGAGGGAAACCCUGAACCGACCAUAAGCUGGAGCUUGAGGACGGCAGAUGGUGGGUCUGAGCGGCGGGGGGGGGGCCGUCAGCUGGUCUUCAGAGCAGUGAGUCUGUCCGAAGCCGGACGCUACGAGUGUGAGGCCAGGAACAGCGAGGGGAACCAGACGGCCGCUGUGGACCUGACUGUUCACGCUCCACCCAGCGACACCUCCAUCUCUGUGAGUCCAGGUGAGGAGGUGGUGGAGGGUCAGCAGGUUAUGAUAACCUGCCGCUCACAAGGAGCUCCGCCCCCCAACCUGGUGCUGAAGAAGGAAGGGGUGGAGCUGCAGAGGACUGACCCCGCCUCCUCCUCACUCUCCUUCAGCCUCGGCUCCGCCCUCCUUGAAGACUCCGCCCUCUACCAGUGUGAAGCCUUGAACCAGUACGGAUCCCAGCUGGAGUCCAGAUCCAUCAGGGUCAGAGCUCACCCUCUGCAGGUGCAGCCCGGUCCUGUGGUCUCAGUAGCAGAGAGGGGUUCAGAUCUGGUCCUCACCUGUACAGCUUCUGGAUGUCUCCACCCUCCCACUCUCACCUGGGUGGACCAGGACCAGACCGUCCUCCAGAGGACGCAGCAGCAGGACAGACUGUCCCAGCUCCACCUGCAGGACCUGGACCUCCAGGAUCAGGGAUUCUACCGCUGUGAGGCCGAGUGUGAAUCUGUCACCAGGACCAGAACCACGCAGGUCCAGGUCUACUCGUUUCCGUCUGAUCCGGUUGUGAAGGAUCCUGGUCCGGUUGUUCUGGGUCAGGAGGCAGUCCUUCGCUGUGAUGUCAUUAACGUCUUUUCUACUGAUUGGCUGAGGAUCCAGUGGCUGUUGGGGAACACAACGCUAAUGUCAGAGUCCUUUGAGAUCUCCGGUUCUUUACAGAACAUCUCAUCUGUUCUUAAGCACCGGAUUGAGGAAGACCAGCAGGUUCUGACCUGCAGAGCGGAGCUGAAGCUGAUGAGGGAUGAUGGAGACAGGUGGUGGUCCAGGAGGACCAGUGUCCCUCUGCUGGUCCACUAUGCUCCGAGGAGAACCUCCAUCUCUGUGAGUCCAGGUGAGGAGGUGGUGGAAGGUCAGCAGGUAACAAUUACCUGCCACUCAGAUGGAGCUCCGCCCCCCAACCUGGUGCUGAAGAAGGAAGGGGUUGGGCUUCAGAGGACUGACUCCGCCUCCUCCUCACUCUCCUUCAGCCUCUCCUCCGCCCUCCUGGAAGACUCCGCCCUCUACCAGUGUGAAGCCUCGAACCAGUACGGAUCCCAGCUGGAGUUCAGAUCCAUCAGGGUCAGAGCUCCUCCGAGAAACACCACAGUCCUGGUCCUACCGUCUACGGUGGUCCAGGAGGGACAAAAUGUCACAGUCUGCUGCCAAACCAUCAGCUCCCCGCCAUCAGCUGUGAUCCUGAAGAAACUGACCAAUGGGACAGAGAUAUACUCCCUCAACGGCACCUUUAUAUUGGUCAAUGUCACGGCCAGAGACUCUGGGCUGUACCAGGUCAACGUGACCAACGACCUAGGGUACCAGGUCAAAUUCUUCAGCAUCAGUGUCAGAGAGAGAAGCACCAGCUUUCCUCCAAGACUCAGUGUCGUCAUCAUCCCAGCCAUCUGCGUGGCAGCUGGGCUGGCAGCUACUGCUGUGCUCCUCGACUACCUGAGGAGAUCGAGAAAGAAAGGCUUCUAUCAGCUUCCUCAGUCUGCUGCACCUUCAGCCUGAGGCUCACACUGGGCCACCAGGCUCCAACAUGUGGCCACCAAGUUUUAAAUGUAACUGUCCCUAAAAUUUGGCUGCUGAAGUACAUUUGACUAUAACACAUGGCUUUGGGUUUCAUGUCCCAACACAUGACUACCACUUCCAAACAUGAGACUACCACUUCCAAACACGUGACUACCACUUCCAAACAUGAGACUACCACUUCCAAACACGUGACUACCACUUCCAAACAUGAGACUACCACUUCCAAACAUGAGACUACCACUUCCAAACACGAGACUACCACUUCCAAACAUGUGACUACCACUUCCAAACACGAGACUACCACUUCCAAACACGAGACUACCACUUCCAAACACGAGACUACCACUUCCAAACAUGUGACUACCACUUCCAAACACGAGACUACCACUUCCAAACAUGUGACUACCACUUCCAAACAUGAGACUACCACUUCCAAACAUGAGACUACCACUUCCAAACACGUGACUACCACUUCCAAACACGUGACUACCACUUCCAAACACGAGACUACCA